UAGGGAAGUGUGUCCCGAACGGAAGCCUUUAUGGGUCAGUUCCAGUCGGCGUGUUCAUUUAAACAAGAGGACCCGACCGAGGCAGAGGCCUGAACCCGAGAACAGACUCUAACGGACAGACUGAUGGAGUGGCAGCCAGAUGAGCAGGGACUCCAGCAGGUCCUCCAGCUGCUCAAAGACUCUCAGUCUCCGAACACGGUCACUCAGAGGGCGGUCCAACAAAAACUCGAACAACUCAACCAGUUUCCAGACUUCAACAACUAUCUCAUCUUCGUCCUGACGCGGCUCAAAACGGAAGAUGAGCCGACCCGCUCUCUGAGUGGUCUGAUCCUGAAGAACAAUGUGAAAGCUCACUAUCAGAACUUUCCCCCAACUGUGGCCGACUUCAUCAAGCAGGAAUGUCUCAACAACAUCGGAGACCCCUCACCGCUCAUCCGGGCCACUAUUGGCAUCCUGAUCACGACCAUCGCCUCGAAGGGAGAGCUGCAGACGUGGCCCGAGCUGCUGCCUCAGCUCUGCAACCUGCUCAACUCGGAGGACUACAACACCUGCGAGGGCUCGUUUGGAGCGCUGCAGAAGAUCUGUGAGGACUCAUCCGAGCUGCUGGACAGCGACGCUCUCAACAGACCGCUGAACAUCAUGAUACCCAAGUUCCUGCAAUUCUUCAAGCACUGCAGCCCAAAGAUCAGGUCUCAUGCCAUAGCCUGUGUGAACCAGUUUAUCAUCGGCAGAGCCCAGGCCCUAAUGGACAACAUCGACACCUUCAUAGAGAGCUUGUUUGCGCUGGCAGCAGACGAGGACUCUGAGGUUAGGAAGAACGUGUGCCGAGCCCUGGUCAUGUUACUGGAGGUCCGCAUCGACCGCCUCAUCCCCCACAUGCACAGCAUCAUCCAGUACAUGCUGCAGAGAACCCAGGACCCCGAUGAAAACGUUGCCCUGGAGGCCUGCGAGUUCUGGCUGACUUUAGCAGAGCAGCCCAUCUGUAAGGAGGUGCUGUCAGGACACCUGAUGCAACUGAUUCCUAUCCUGGUGAAUGGGAUGAAGUAUUCAGAGAUAGACAUCAUAUUAUUAAAGGGUGACGUGGAGGAGGAUGAGGCUGUACCGGACAGCGAUCAGGACAUCAAACCCCGUUUCCACAAGUCCCGCACUGUGACUCUGCAGCACGAAGGAGGGGAGGGCGAAGAGGGCGAGGACAUAGAUGAUGAAGAUGAUGAUGAUGAUGAUGACACGCUGUCUGACUGGAACCUUCGUAAAUGUUCAGCUGCAGCGUUGGAUGUGCUGGCCAACGUGUUUCGUGACGAGCUGCUGCCUCACCUUCUGCCACUCCUGAAGGGUCUGCUCUUCCACCCUGACUGGGUCAUCAAGGAGUCUGGCAUCCUGGUGUUAGGGGCCAUAGCUGAAGGCUGCAUGCAGGGCAUGGUGCCAUACCUGCCGGAGCUCAUCCCUCACCUCAUCCAGUGCCUGUGUGACAAAAAGGCUCUGGUGCGCUCCAUCGCCUGCUGGACUCUGAGUCGCUAUGCACACUGGGUGGUCUCCCAGCCCCCCGACUCCUACCUUAAACCCCUCAUGACAGAGCUUCUCAAACGCAUCCUGGAUGGAAACAAGAGGGUGCAGGAGGCUGCCUGCAGUGCAUUUGCCACUCUUGAAGAGGAGGCAUGCACAGAACUGGUGCCGUACCUGAGCUUCAUCCUGGACACUCUGGUGUUUGCGUUUGGGAAGUACCAACACAAGAACCUGCUUAUCCUGUACGAUGCUAUAGGAACUCUGGCGGACUCAGUGGGUCACCACCUCAACCAGCCGGAGUACAUUCAGAAGCUGAUGCCACCUCUCAUUGCAAAGUGGAAUGAACUGAAGGAUGAAGACAAAGAUCUCUUCCCCCUGCUAGAGUGUCUGUCGUCAGUGGCCACCGCCCUGCAGAGCGGCUUCCUGCCUUACUGUGAGCCCGUGUAUCAGCGCUGUGUCACACUCGUCCAGAAGACUUUAGCUCAGGCCAUGAUGUACAACCAGCAUCCAGACCAGUAUGAGGCUCCUGAUAAGGACUUUAUGAUCGUGGCCUUGGACCUGCUGAGCGGUCUGGCUGAGGGUCUCGGGGGUCACGUGGAGCAGCUGGUGGCCCGUUCCAACAUCAUGACUCUGCUCUUCCAGUGCAUGCAGGACACGAUGCCUGAGGUGAGGCAGAGCUCCUUCGCUCUGCUUGGAGAUCUGACUAAGGCCUGUUUCCUGCAUGUGAAGCCCUGCAUUGCUGAGUUCAUGCCCAUCCUCGGCCUCAAUCUGAACCCGGAGUUUAUUUCGGUGUGUAACAACGCCACCUGGGCCAUCGGAGAGAUCUCUAUGCAGAUGGGCAGGAGUGUGAAGCAGCAGACAGGGGACUGUUCCGGUGCAGAGAUGCAGCCGUAUGUAAGCAUGGUUCUACCACACCUGGUGGAGAUCAUCAACAGACCCAACACACCCAAGACUCUGCUGGAAAACACAGCCAUCACGAUUGGCAGACUGGGAUAUGUCUGUCCUCAGGAGGUGGCCCCACAGCUGCAGCAGUUCAUCAGACCUUGGUGCACGUCGCUGAGGAACAUCAGAGAUAAUGAGGAGAAGGACUCUGCCUUCAGGGGGAUCUGUGUGAUGAUCGGGGUGAACCCAGCAGGUGUGGUGCAGGACUUUAUUUUCUUCUGUGACGCCGUGGCCUCCUGGGUCAACCCUAAAGACGAUCUGAGAGACAUGUUUUAUAAGAUCCUUCAUGGCUUCAAGGAGCAGGUUGGGGAGGAGAACUGGCAGCAGUUCUCAGAGCAGUUUCCUCCUCUAUUGAAGGAGCGCUUGUCUGCCUGUUAUGGUGUCUAACCAUUACCCCCCCGUUCACACAGGACGGAUCUAUUAGGUUCUUCUCGGGGAGGGUUUCUGGGGAACUCUUUGCACUGCCCAGAUUGUGGGGAGAAACCAGAGCUGGAGGGACAUGGCUUUGAUCCUCCCCUUAGCGGACGGCCCGCUUCCCCCCUGCGCCCUGUGUGUCUCUCUGAGGGAGGGUGGGAGGAGGGUGGUGGGUGUGGGAGGGUUAACUGGGGAUAUAGAUAUACCUCUGGGAUUAAACACCUCACUAAAUCCAACACGCUCAAAGUGACUUUGCUGACAGCAGCGCAGGGAUCCUGAGACGGCGAGGACUUACCAAGGCGGGCUUCCGCAGCCCCCCCCCCCCCCCCGAUUACAUUAGCCUGUUAAGAUAGGGAACAAGGGGGUGCGGGUAGAUAGGUACAUUAAAAGGAAUUAUGUGGGGGGUUAAGCUACAAGCCACAAGUCCCAAACCCCACAAUGCACACAGCCUGAGAUCAACUCACACCACAGGUGUGUUCCAACAGGCUCACGGCUGAACCAAAACAGGCUUUUACUUUGAAACAGGAAGUGUGCAUCAGCGCUGCAGCUUUAAGGAUACGCUGCAGUAAUGUUCGUUGUGCACAUGUAUGGGUAUGUUCUCUUUUCAGCUGAAGUUAAUUUCCCCUCGGUAGUUUGAUUCCUCUGUUUUUUGUCCUGCCUGUGUUUAAGGCAUAAUGAGAUGCAGUCCAUCUGUCUAAUGUUCCACAGUUUCCUGUUAGAGCAUGUGAUCUUUCACCUCAUCAGUGACGCAUGUUGGAGUGUGGACAGUCUGUUUAAACCAUCAGCUGCUUGGUUGUGCUGUCCUCCUGCUCUUACAUCAUGUCUGAUUGUUGUAGUCUAACAGAGAGGUAUAUAUCUGUGUGUGAGAAUAUCUGCAGGUAGAUUAAUAACAGGAGUUGUGUGAGUGUUUAGAGUUAAAUACUGUCGUCAGAGGAGAAUCCCUUCUGCUGCUGCUGCCUCGUUUUUAGAUGAUUUAAGAAUCAGACGUAAUGCGAGCGCUCCGACAUCACUAAGAAUGAAUUAUUGGUUCGUACUGAUAGAAAUGCACUUUUUUGGGAAGACGUUAAACUGUAAGACGUACAGUAAUGAGAUACUGAUCUUUAUACAUAGGGAAUUUUGAAAGUGAUUUUAGGACUGUUAAUGGUUUAAGUGAAAAUAAUAAUGUUGAGAUAUGAAGGGGGUCAGACUGCAGGCCUCUGAUCAGUUUUAUAAAGAAACUCCUGAAGUGGAUUAAAAAGGAGAGGUCAUCUUAUUACAGUAUUUUUGUUCCAUGUCCCAGUGCUCCUGUGGAUCCCUGUCGAUGUCAGUCCCCUGAUUUAGUUUUGCUGCAUCCUUUCAGAUUUCUUUCACUGUUGGAAACAUUGCAUGCUCCUCUCAAUAUUUCCUACAUGUUUGAUAACCGGGUCGUUUGGCGGCCGCGUCGGGCUGAGGCGAUGUCAAUGCAACUCUCUGCUGGACCAAUCAGGCUCGCCCCCGGACCACAGAGUGACUGUUGCUGCCAUGUUUUAUCUGCCCGUUCAUACUGUGUGGGGAACACACCGACCACUACAGUCCACCUGGGAACACACAGACCACUACAGUCCACCUGGACAAACACCGACCCCUACAGUCCACCUGGACAAACACCGACCCCUACAGUCCACCUGGGAACACACAGACCACUACAGUCCACCUGGACAAACACCGACCCCUACAGUCCACCUGGACAAACACCGACCCCUACAGUCCACCUGGACAAACACCGACCCCUACAGUCCACCUGGACAAACACCGACCCCUACAGUCCACCUGGACACACACUGACCCCUACAGUCCACCUGGACACACACAGACCCCUACAGUCCACCUGGACAAACACCGACCCCUACAGUCCACGUGGACAAACACCGACCCCUACAGUCCACCUGGACACACACUGACCCCUACAGUCCACCUGGACACACACAGACCCCUACAGUCCACCUGGACAAACACCGACCCCUACAGUCCACCUGGACAAACACCGACCCCUACAGUCCACCUGGACACACACUGACCCCUACAGUCCACCUGGACACACACAGACCCCUACAGUCCACCUGGACAAACACAGACCCCUACAGUCCACCUGGACAAACACCGACCCCUACAGUCCACCUGGACAAACACCGACCCCUACAGUCCACCUGGACACACACUGACCCCUACAGUCCACCUGGACACACAGACCCCUACAGUCCACCUGGACACACACAGACCCCUACAGUCCACCUGGACAAACACCGACCCCUACAGUCCACCUGGACACACACUGACCCCUACAGUCCACCUGGACACACACAGACCCCUACAGUCCACCGACCCUGGAUGUUUGUUUAGAGGUGGUGGUCUUUAUCCAGUGGUCUGGUCUACUCCCCAGUAGCUUCUCAGGGGAUGGCUGUAAUGGAGGGGGGUGUUCUGUAGAAGCGAGCGUUGUGUAGAUUUUGCUCCAGCCCUGCGGCGAGGUGGCGUUCAGGGUGAACUCUGCGUCGUGUGUAAACGUUGUUCCGUCUGAGCGUUAAAUGAAAUCAAACAUAAGAUGUAAGUUUUUGAGUUUUUGCAGCCACAGAUUAUUUUAUGAAAUAAGAACUGAUGCUGAGUUUCGUUGAUGAUCCGACUCUUUAAGUCCGGAUAUUGUCUCCAGGUGUGACCGGCAGGUGAGCAUGCAGAUCAAAGAGGGGCGCUCGCUCUCCAGGCUGUUUCUGGAGGAUCAGUGAGAGUCUUUUUGUGUCCCCUAUGUGUAACUGAUAAAAAACAAAUACAUUUAAAAUUUGUCCAUUUUUUUAUUUUGAUGCACAUGUGAAAGUUUUUUUUAUUUAUUUUGUUUUUUAAAAUGUUUUAUUUGUGCUUUGUUGCACAAAUUUUUUUUAACUUUAAAAGUUUUCUUUUUUUAUUCUUUUAAUUUAAAGAGGUUUAGUUUUCGUUGUUUUAUAGCGGACUGUUUUUCAUGUUAAUCUGAGGAGUUUGAAGUAGGAGGUGCUCGGUGCAAACCUUUGGGUAAGAUUAAAAUCUGGAUGAGCGGAGGUGAACAGUGGAACAUGACGGAGGUCCUUUUUGCUCUUGUGCAGCGGGAUGUUAUCCCAUGAUUCCCUUUAUUUAAUUUUUGUUAGGGGUAAAUAAAUGUUUUCUAUUAAACUCUGA